AUGGUAAUUCUUAGUUCUUAUUUUGUGAGUAAAUGACUAAAGGCUAAAGCGACAACAAUCAAGGAGGCAAUCGCAAAAUGGGUUAGUGACGUCUUCCCGGUUUUAUUAAGUAGGAGGAAAGAACUGGGCAAAAGGCAUCAGAGGCGACGGAAGUGAAACUUUACGCGCAGUAUCCUCCAAUUGAAAAAAUGGACGCAGGUCUUUCAGCACUAUCAAAUUGCGAGUAAGUUUAUUGUCAUUUAAUUUUUAAGAAAGCUUUCACUUUCAACGAACUGCAUUGAAAAAAUAUCCAACUUGAAUGCGCUCAGUAAAUAUGACAUUUGCUUUUAACUUAAAUUCAGAGAAAUUGAGGAUUCUGUCCUUGGCAAGAAACAAUAUAAAGCAGUUAUCUGGGAUUGAAGUUCUGGGAGAAACUUUGGAGGAGCUUUGGAUUUCCUAUAAUAAUGUUGAAAAGCUAAAAGGAAUUAACGCACUGAAGAAGCUGACUGUUUUGUAUAUGGCAAACAAUAAAGUCAAGGAUUGGGGAGAAUUUUUAAAACUUAACGAACUCCCUCUGCUCGCAGAUCUAGUCUUUGUAGGUAGGAAACUAUGAGUGGUCUUAUCGCAAGUUUAGGCAAUCCGCUAGCCGAACACAACGCCGAGACCUUCCGGGACGAAGCGUGCAGGAAACUUCCCAAAGUCAAAAAACUCGACGGUAAGAAUUCAGAUAAAGUAUUUAUGGCGACUGCUGGAUGAACCGCUUUUUGAAUGCAAUAUUUACUUGAUAUAGAUAGUAAUUUUCGAAAAAUUGUGUACGUUUGUGUCCUUUUUAAUUAUGCACUAGUUAUUCUACGGGGAUUGUUUAUUCCUCUUCUACACUUGUAAGUUGUGUAUUCACAUUCCUUAGAUAAAACGAUUAUUUUCACGAAAGUAUACGCCGUCAAACUGACCGGUGUAUGUUCAGUGCGAGUACGAUAUAAAUUCUAACUAUCAAUUCCAAUAAAGUGUAGUUUUGUGUGCAAGAGUUCGACCAUGUGCUCCUUUGCAGAGGAGAGCAGGGAUACUCACUUGCACAGGAAUUAGUUGAAGGUAAUAGUAAACUUGCGCCGAAUCCACCGCACUCUCUUCUCCCCAUCUGGACCCGGUGUCAAAAGAGUCAAGAAGACAGGAGACGGGUGAGGACACAUGCGACUUGCAAGGCGCGAAUCCACACCUAGACGUCCCACCACAUCCAAUGGUCCACGACAUAUACUAACCAAGAUUUUAUGCAACAAGAGGAAAAGGAGGCAACUUAUAUCCCACUGAAAAAGAGUGACAGAGAAACCAUAUUAUGAGGAAAGCAUUACAGUCUGACUCUCAUUUCACCAAUCGUCCCCUCUACGCAAAUACAAACUGCGCUGAUUGCGUAGUGUUCGUUUCGUCGCCAUUUGGCAAUCACCAAGCCACAGUGCUCGGCGCGCCAUGGUGGGCUAAGGCUCGGAUCGCACAUGCAACAGAGGAGCCACAUAGCAAGGGAGACAGGGAAUAUACUUUCCGCUUGCGUGCGAGUUGGUAAUUACAUAGUGCGUUGUAUGAUGCUGUGCGCGGUGGUGGGUGUUGUAGGUACUAGUGAGGAGAGAUGUGGUGGUAUGGUAUAGCCGGCGUUGUUUUACCGCAGGUUUUCCUGGAUGCGCGUGUGACCUAGUAGGUCUAUGCGGUGGCUGGAUGUGCAAGAUCUGCGUGGACAAUUGAGGCGGUGGCGUCUGGUGUAUUUCGGUGCUCCAGGCACUGGCCCACCAAUCUCUGUGAGACGGGUUCGCAAGUGACCAACCAUGCCGACGCGGGGUGAACUUGUUAUGAGAUUGUAGACAGGAAAGGCUGGAAGAUUUUGAGUCGGCUGACGUUCUGAUGCUGCUAGUUUUGGGCGCGCUGGUCGACUGGACUGGGGUAGAGGGUAUGAGUGAUGUGUAAGGUGUGUUAGGUGCGUCGAUACUGCGAUGAAUCCCACUGUUGUGGAAACGCAUGUGACAGAAUAAGCGCACGCGUCGAACGAAUGUGCGUGGACUGUGAAAGCAGAUGCGACGAAUGUGUAUGGUAACACUCGGCAUUGGCGCGUUGGUCGAAGUACAAUGGAUCCGCAAGUGACUGGCUAAGCCGAUGUGUGAGAUGUGUGUGCGAGCGUAAUGGAUAUAGUUUAGGAGAGGUGGUGCUGGAAAUGGGGCUGGUAAUAGUGAUGGGGGUUUUUGUUGGGGCGUCGAGAGAGUUUUUUUAGUUGGUGGGAAUGGGAGCUGUGGUGGUCGCCGUUGCCGCUGCCGAAGUUUUGGCAGGGAUGACGGAGAUGGCAGUGAAAGACGGCACGGGGACUUUGAGCGUCGGCUGUGAGGACGGUCGUCGUAGAGAACGCCAUGGUGGUUGGAGCAGCUGCGGUACAAUAGGCGGCGAUUGGGGUUGUCGGACUGACGCAUUGAGUCCGAAGAUGUCCGACGAGGUCACUCAGAAAGGAAAAGUUUUGUCAACUGCAGGACUCAUGAGGCGGUCAUUGACACCCUGCGACAGACAGAACAGUUGUUACACGAUGUCAGUUCUAAUGGCAAAGGCAACGCCUCCAUCAAAUCGCUCUGCCUUUGGGUGGCACUCCAGAAAAAGAUGUAGCCGACAUCUGACUCCCGCAGUUGACUCUAAUCGGAAAAGCGAGUCUCACUGAGAGCAACGAUGUGUACUUUGUGGCAUACCGAUUUUCGUGCAAAUUGCGCCAUCCCUCAUUCCGACCAACUGUCCCUUGGAAUGUUUAAAAGAUAACAGACAUUUUUAGUCUGCCAAAGCGGGCAGACUUAGCCUAGCAGCCUGUUGGGCGUUGCGGAGGAAUGGGAACGUGGUUUAUUUUUUGUUCGACUGUUUCGACCGUGAGUUAUCCAUUCGAAAGCCACGGUCUGUGUGCAAGUGACGUGAUCCCAGCAUUUGCUUAGGGUCCCUUUUCUAGCCCCUUCUGCCGCGGAAGGGUUAGGCAGUUGAGCCAUCCCGGACGUCUGCCGAACUCCACUAGGAGCCAUGGCUUGAUUAAAUGGGAGCGCGGCUCGAUCUAGUCUGGGCCGCCUACGAGGCUGCAUGUCGCCCUCUCCGUAGGGAUUUUUGAAAUGGCGGCAGGGCGGGGGAAGAAGGGCGGUGGAAGAGUUGUGGGGAAGAGGUAGGAGGGAGAGGAGUGAGGGGGGAAAGGAUGACAGGAAAGGAGUUACCGGACGUGGUUUAUGAGAGUCUGCUAUACCAUUAUUCAGCAAACCAUGGCUCUUGCAGACUGGUAUGCGUUGACAGUUCUCUGACCCCUGGUUCUAUGCCGGCAGAUGCACCUGCUCUCCUGCUGUGUUUAUAGAUCAUGAGCAUGACUGCCCAGUCAUCCUCGUCUUUCUGACCCAUUGUAGCGCUGUUGUUGACUAAAAUGUUUGUUGUGCACCGGGGGGUGUGAGGUGGUACGCCGGAGUGCGGGUCCGGCCGUGCCUGCCACCUGCGCGCUCCCCGCCUCCGGUCUUCUUGACACCGAGUCCAGGCGGUGGAGGAGAAGAGUGUGCUGUAGACGCUUUGUAAUUCUACUCUCACUAUAGACUAAUUUACGUUAAAGUCACCGUGCCUGUCUCACCUUGCCAUGGAGCACACGGUGGACACCGUCCACACGACGACCGAACUGUCACUGCGUGCGGGGAACACAGUACCGGAUACCUUUGUCUGGGUUGGCCCGCAGGUUGAGUCGGUUGCCAGGGUGUGGACGCCAAGCAGAGAUUUUCCUCAGGGGGCCACAGGCGAUAGGUGGGCGCCAAUUAAACGGUUUUAGACGUAAUCACAACAUACACUAGACAAAGGAUGCAACAUAACUCGGUCUUCACGUAGAACCCAUGACCUGACAUCCCGUAGUUAUGUACACAAAGUUCAACACACAGCGGUAAUUUGCUGACCUGAAUAUCUGCAUGACGCACAGACCAAAGGUUGUCUGUUAGUGAGCCGCGGCAAACGUUCAUCUGUGCUUGGGGUUGAAAGUGACUGUAGAUGAUAUCAUCCAGUAAAGUCGUCAGUUUGCCUUGUCCGAUCCUUGCCGAGACUGGAAUUUAACAAUACGGCGCAACACCUUUCAUAGGUAGUCAAAUCCUCUGAAAAAACGUUUCCGAAUAGACAAUGUUUAUAAAAUACAUUGAAUGAAAAUAAUAUUUGUAAAAACUCUGCAUUUUGUGAUUUUUUGUCUAUACUCAAGUGUAUCGUCGAGAAUAUAUGAAAGAAUAUAUUAUUGGCUGCACCUUGUGCGUAUCGCAUAGCUUGUCUCGCGUUGCCAAGGUAACUCCAGACACCCUCAGAGACUGCACAAUCUACUACAUAGUGAUUAUACCCACGUUAAAUUAAUAGGGCUUAAUUUCGGCUCAUUAAAUCCCCGUUGCAUCAAUGCACGUUUAUUACUACACAUAAUGCAUUUAAAUUGCCUGUGCGCGUCUUCGUUCCGCUGUCGACAGGCGAUUGUUAAUCAUACCUCACAAUACAACGAACGAGAGUUAAUGGCGCAGAAUGCUUGGCCAGCAGUUUUUUCUAUUGCAAUAAAACUCCCGACGGAAUACCCUGACUUCCUGUAGAAUUUUAGCGAGUCAGUAAUGCGGCUCACUAUAAUAUGACCUGAUUUUUCAGUUGAAUUUUAGAGCGACCUUUAUUGGCAAACAUUUGGACAAUUAUUUUCAUUUAGCCAAAUUUUCUCUGUCUAUCGAAAUAUGUGAAAAACUUCUCUGGUCGCAUUUUGUCCUUAAAUGUAGGCAGUAUUUGCCUAUGACUUAAAGACGCUACAUUUUCUUAGCUACAUGCUGCUAACCGACAGUUUAUUACCUUUCUACUUGAUGUCCGUUGCUCCGGUUGCGCCAUCACCUCUAAUUCAGUAUGUUAUGCAACAAACAAUUUUCUGGGGAGAAUUUCUAGCUCAGAUAUUAGGGUAUUUACUUUUGUCCUUUUUAGGCAUUCCAUUUGUGCGCGAGGAGGAUGAAGAGGGCUAA